AUGUCGUUCCCACAGCCAUACCGCGGCUUCGCCGAGGCCAAGUACCACAAGCUCACGCUCGCUGCCGAGGGGGUGCUUCUGCUCUCGUUCAACCGCCCACCCGUCAACGCGUGGAUCGAUCCCAAGUGGCGCGAGCUCGCGGCGAUCCUGCGCACGGUGCGCGACGAUCCGGAGGUGGCAUCGAUCGUCGUUGCCGGCGAAGGACGAUGCUUCACUGCAGGACUCGAUCUGAAUGAGCAGAGUCUGGGCUCGGUGAUUGCCGAGCUGCCGGAUGGCGCGCGCAAGGCGAUUGCGAUGCGCCGACACAUCGCCGACUUCCAGGAGGCCAUCUCGUGGUUCGAGCACGUCGAGAAGCCUGUGAUUGCCGCUGCGCACGGCGUCGCCUUUGGUUUGGCGAUUGAUAUCAUGUCUGCGUGCGAUAUCCGCUAUGCGACAAAGGAUACGCGAUUUAGCAUCAAGGAGGUCGACGCCGGUCUGGCUGCGGAUAUUGGAACGCUGCAGCGCUUCCCCAAGAUCGUGGGCAACGACUCGCUCGCGAGAGAGCUGUGCUACACCGCCAGGGAGUUUGACGCCAAAGAGGCGCGCGAGAUCGGAUUCCUCAGCAAGGUCGUCGACGGCGGCAGGGAUCAGGUCGUCGCCGAGGCGGUCAAGACGGCUGCGCUCAUUGCUUCCAAGGCACCCGUAGCCGUGCGCGGCACCAAGAUCUACCUGCUCCACAGCCGCGACCACAGCGUGGAAGAGGGCCUCAAGUACGUCACGGCGCUCAACUCGGCGCUGCUGCAGUCGGACGACAUGCCCGUCGCCAUGCUUGCCGUCAUGCAGAAACAGACGCCCAAGUUCUCCAAGCUGUGA